AUGCUUUCUAUAAAAGAGAUGAAUAUAUGGGGAGAACCAUUGAAUGGACUUAAUGCAGAAUUAACUAGAAAUAUACUUUCUCAUAUAAAGAAAUUUAGUAAUACAAAUGUAGUUGCAUUAAACCAUGUACCAAAAAUACUACUGGAUGUAUUUGACUAUGUUAUUGUUAUGUAUAACUCUGCUAUUAUAUAUUCUGGCCCUGUGUCUGAAGCAGAUGAGUAUUUCGUGGAGAUGGGCGUAGAGUUUCCUAAGGAUGUUUUUUAUGCCGACUAUCUUAUGCAGCUCAUUGCAGGUAGAGUCACUAAUGAAAAAGACAAAAAUAAUAUUGCUGUGCUUAGAAAGAUGUGGAAUAAAAUAUCAAAAGUUCCACGCGGACCUAGAAGAAGUUCAAGCAGUAGUUGCUGGUUAUCGCAGGCAAAAAUAUCCUUUACCCGUGUUAGAGAAAUAAUUGGCUUGUCUUUAUACUCAAACAAACUAUUUAGAGGGUCGUCUUUUCUGAUUACUACGCUGCUUAUAGUUGUUCUAUGCAGUAUUGUACUGUUUAAUACAUUUUAUAUACUGUGCGAGUAUCUUGCAGCUGAUUCUAAUGGUUUAAAUCCAAAUUAUAAAUACGCAACGACACACAUCACACUAUUCUAUCCGCACUUAUUAUACUGUUUCUUACAGGAAAUAAAGGGAAAAAUACAUUAUAUCGAUCAACAAUAUAAUUAUUUUUCAUUAAAAAAUAUAAAUAAGGUUAAAAUAAUCAGCACUUUAAUAGGCAAAAUGAAUGAGUAUUAUAAAGUAAUCAAUAAUAUAAGUUGGGUCUCUAUUCUUAGUCAGACAUUUAAUCUAUUCUUCCUAUUUGUUGGAUCUCUAGUCUGUAUGUGGUCUUCAAAUGGAUUCCAUAGCCCUUCUUUCUACAAAACAAGCAAAUUCAAUAUAAAAGAAAAACGCUUUACAGCGGGUGACUAUACAUGUGCGCUGAUAAUUAAUUCAUUGCUUCAAAAAACAUUAGUACUUUGGAGUGUAUCUAUAAUUGUAUACUGGGGUCUUUACUUGACUGUAAAUUGCAAAAUAGUCGAAUCAGCCACUAAUUCUAUUGGCCACCUUAUUCCGAUUACUUUAUUACUAUGCGCAUCUUUCUUAAUAGGUGUAUAUUCACUUUUAAUAGAAUUCGCUCCCAUUCCAAUACGAUGGCUUACUUUCACCGGGGUACUAUAUGUAUUAAUUUGUCAAUUACUUCCAGUAUUAUUAGUCGAUUUUAUUCUAAUGGAUGUUGAUUCAGAAUUUAUCGGUCUAUACACCCCAUUUUCUCGCAUAAUAAGCAUAUUUUAUUCAGAGUCAGAAUAUUCUGAUAAAAAAUCUAUAUUAAAAGCGUUUAAUAUAUCACCUUCAGAUGGUUAUUAUAAUAGUCCACUCUUAGACUGGAUUAUCACAAUAUACAAAACUACUAUGAGAUAUAACCCGAAUUUCUUCUUCUCACAUAUGCUAGCUAAAAUUUCUUAUUACCUUGAAGAUAUAAAGGUAAAUAAAGAAAUAACCAAUUCUGGAUUCUCGUUUAAUGAAAAUGACCUGAUAUAUGAAAUAGCAAAAUGUACCUGGGGUCGUGAUAGUACUGAUCUAUUGGAUCUGCCUACGGAUGUGUUCAACAUAUUAUUUAAAUAUAAAUCUAAUCGUAAAAUGUAUGGAGCCUUCGAUUGUCAUAAGGAAUUAAAUCGAAUUCUAAAGAAAUUGUGAAUCCAUUUGCCCAGUAGAAGUAUUCAACCCGGAACAUUCACUUGUUGAUAUGUCAUUUUCACAUAUUUUAUGGAGUGCUUUCUGUUUCUGGGCGGUUCCUACUAGUUUAUUAUUAUUAUUUAUAUUAUAUGCGUAUAAGAAAUUAUUAUUCAGAGUCAGAAAUUAGAAUUAUCUGUUCUUUAUAGAUUAUACUACAUAAUCUCUCAAUACUAUAAACUAGUAAUAAAC